AUGGGAGAAAUUCCACCCAUGCUUGGUUCCCUGGCAUAUUUGCAAGAUAUUUAUAUAGGACGGAACAACUUAACCGGUAAUAUUCCUUCAUCUAUUGGUAACUUAUCAUUUUUGUCUUCACUCUCCUUAAUUAAAAACAGAUUGGUAGGAAGCAUUCCUGAUAGUUUGGGGAAACUGAGUAAUAUGAACAUAUUGUAUUUAUCUGGUAAUAAGUUGUCUGGAGUAGUCCCACCCUCAAUAUUUAACCUCUCUUUACUAACAAAUUUAGAUUUAGUAAUGAAUGAUUUGGAAGGAAACCUCCCUUCAGAUUUAGGCAACACACUUCCACAACUUCAGUGGUUCUCUAUAUUUUCAAAUCGGUUUGCUGGACAUAUUCCAGCUUCAAUAUCAAAUUCUUCAAACCUACAAGUUCUUGAGUUGAAUACGAACCAUCUUCAAGGUCGAGUUCCUUCUUUGCACAAGUUAACAAGGCUUAAUACCCUUGUCCUUGACCAAAACUCCCUUGGAUAUGGCCAAGUUGGGGAUUUGAACUUUGUUUUGUCCUUGGCUAACACCACCAAUUUUCAACACCUUGGGAUAGGUGAAAAUAACUUCAAAGGAGUCUUCCCUAAAACUAUCUGCAAUCUUUCUUCUCUCAGCGCUUUGAGACUUCCAGAUAACAACAUAGCUGUUGAAAAUGUAGCAACAUUGCAAUUCCUUGAUGCUGAUAACAAUUCACUUUCUGGAGUCAUUCCUCAAGGCAUAGGGAAGAUCCAAAACCUUCAGGACUUAUUUCUAGGUAGAAACCAAAUUUCCGGGGUCAUUCCAACCUCAAUUGGAAACUUAACUAAGAUGUCUAUUUUAUCGCUUUCAAACAAUAGAUUAGUAGGCCAAAUACCCUCAUCACUUGGAAAUUGUAUAUCGCUAAAUGAACUAGAUCUUUCCAACAACAGUCUUAGCAAGAGCAUACCCCCAUAA